AUGACUAGACCAGAGACGAUAGUCCCCGAGACUCCACAACCGCCAUACCCAAUAAGACACAAAUCUCAAAUCAUAUCCGGCUUUGGUCGAGGCUCAAGCGAAUUAGGAAUCCCCACCGCCAACAUCCCCGUCCACGACGAACUCAACAACUUACCUACUGGGAUCUACUAUGGGUGGUGUAAGAUAUACCCGCACCCACAGGAAUCAGACACUACUGAUAAGAGACCCGAUGGACAGGAUGUCCUAUUCAAUCAUGGUAACAAUUUGUGCAAGACUGAUUUAUCUACUGUAUGGCCUAUGGUUAUGUCGAUUGGAUGGAAUCCAUUCUAUCAUAACAAGACCAAAGCCGCCGAAAUACAUAUCAUCAAUAAGUUUAGUUCUAAUUUUUAUGGUGCUGAUUUGGAAUAUGUUGUAUUGGGGUAUAUAAGACCAGAAUUGAAUUAUACCACGAAGGAAGCAUUGAUUAAGGAUAUUGAAUUGGAUAUAAGUAUUGCUAAGGAUAUUUUGAAGAGAGAGGAGUAUGCCAAGUAUGAACAUGAGUUGGAAUAG